AAUCGUUAACCACCAAUGUAAAAUGUUCUAAUAUAUAACUUUAUUCUGUAGGUUAGUACAGUUUUCGAUCGGGGUACGUACUACAUUUAACAAUCCACAUAAAUAAGGAUAGUCAUGAAUAAGCGUUUUAAUUAACUGUUUCUUAAAUCGAUGUGACUGACAUUAAAACGAGACAACAAUGUUGAAUAUUAUCAUCAAUACUGACUAUUUGAAAAGUUGGAACGGAAUUUUUAAGUUGCUACAAUUGGUAUUGGGUGCAAUUUGCAUAGGAAUUAUCAGUAAUAGCUUUAAUACUACCAGUUUCUCUAUAAGACAAAAAGAAUGCUUCUUUCUUAUUGCAACAUCUAGUUUUUUUAAUAUCACUUUUAUUAUUUUUAUCAGUUACCUGGUGUCUCCCCUUACUAUAGCCAUUUUACCUAAAACGGUUCACGAACGCUUUUAUAAUUUUUUUGCAGUCGUAAUAGUAUUUGCGGCCUCAGUAAGUCUGAUAAUAGAAAUACAUACGAUUGAUAAAAUAUCUAAUUAUGAGGCGUUAUUAGCAGCUUCUAUUUGCGGUUUGCUAAACAGUAUUUUAUAUGCCUUCAGCGGAGGCAUCGCCCAUAUGACGAGAUGAAUGAAAUAGUUUAAUUAAAUUAUUGCGAAGAGUGAAAAUGAAUAAUAUUACUGUACAAGUUGUAUUAUUUUACAAGCUAAAUUUAUACAUCUUUAUUUAUUUAAAUUAACGUAGAAAAACAUUGUACAAUGAAUUUUGACUAUUAUCUGAUAUGGUAUGGCAUUUACUUGAUAUUUUUCACAAAUAUAUACUAAUCUAUCAAAUA